AGGCGACCUCGGAGAUGGCGGACGAACCGUGAGGGAGGCAGCAGUGGGUUCGGAAGGGCGGCUAUGGAGGGUCCCGGAAGGAGGGUGGCCCAGCUGGCCGUGCAGCAGCAGCUCCGAGCUGCCUACGGGAUCAAGCUGAAGAACCGUACCGGGAAGGGGAAGGCGCCCAGGUCGACUGCCGCGGGAGGGGGGAAAGUAUUUGGAAUAGCUCUUCAUGAAUUACCUCAAGUUGUGUCUGAAUAUGGAAAUAUACCUUGCUUUUUAGCUGAGGCUUGUCAAUACUUGGAAGAACACAUUCAAACAGAGGGGCUCUUCAGAAAAUCUGGAUCAGUUGUUCGCUUAAAAACCUUAAAGAAUAAACUGGACAAAGGUGAAAAUUGCCUAUCCAGUGCAUUACCAUGUGAUGUCGCAGGACUUCUGAAGCAGUUCUUCAGAGAAUUGCCUGAGCCCAUCCUCCCGUAUGACCUGCAAGAAGCUCUUAUUAAGGCCCAGAAGUUAGACAGGGAGGAGCGGAAUUCUGCCACACUGCUCAUCUCGUGUCUUAUGAAUGACAGAAUAAUUGAAACCCUCAGAUAUUUCUUCCAGUUUCUCAAAAAAGUGUCUUUAAGAUCUGCUGAGAACAAGAUGGAUAGUUGUAAUCUAGCAGUAAUUUUUGCUCCAAACCUCUUGCAGUCAAGUGAAGUUGAAAAAAUGUCUGUACACACAGAGAAGAAACUUCGUUUGCAGGCUGGAGUUCUGCAGACCUUGAUCGACCAUGCAGAAGACAUAGGACAUAUACCAAAGCUUAUUCUGGAAAAGAUACCAUCCAUGCUUGGCAUUGAUUCUGUCUCUACACCUGUGCUCCGUGAUGAUCAAGAAAGCGAAAUUGAAACUCCCUCUGAACACUCAAGAAGGAGACGGCAGAGCAUAGGAGAUAUUGUUAGUGGAGCUCUGAAUAAACUUAAAACUAACAGAACACCCUCCACUACACCUCAGAGAGACCAAUGUGUCUUUCCGUCAGUGACUCCAGUAAUGAUUACACCAAAUUUUAAGCGUAAAUAUACUGCUGAUUCCUGUCAAGGCUUCUCUAGCAAGAAAAGGCGAUCUGUUGGGCAUAGCAUGGGUCUUGAAAUGCUACCAAAUAGCCUUUUUAGCAUUAGCUCAACACCUGGAUCAGCUCCAUUAGCAGAUAGCCCUUCUGUGUCACCGGAGGCAUCUCAAACUUCAUUAUCUACCUCAGCCACUUGUGAAAAAUAUCUGUCUAAUGUAAGAAGUCGAAGAAGCAAAAGGAUUGCCAACAAAAAAGUACAAAGGGUUGAAUCUGGAAAAACAGGUUGCUUUUCUCCUAAAAUCAGCCGGAAAGAAGUGGUACGCAGGUCAUUACGAUUAAAGUUCAUUCUUGGAAGAAGCAACAGAGAGAAUACUGCAGUGGAGCAUGGAGAUAACAACAGAGGUGAAAACAUUGGUCGCCGACUUGCUGGUGAACAAGAUAAAGAAAAUGGAGUGGAAAGUGUGAAGACUGCAGCACUGUUCAGCCCAUAUGUUGGUUUGAAAAACAUCAGCAAGUCAGAAGAAAAUUUACAAAUUCCAGGCCAUCGUACUGAAGCAAAUUAUCGAAUGUCCUGGAUUGGUCCCGCAACCACAGACUCUCAGGAGACCAGAAUUUCAUUAAUGGGAUGUCCUGAAACAGAAAACUCUUCUUCUGAAACUGCUAGAAAGCCAUUAGUUAUUCCUACUGAGCCUGUAUUCACAAGUCAUGAAUAUGGUAGCAGUAACCAAAAAACAUCUUUUUGUGAGGAUGAAAAUAAUUUAACUGAACACAUGCUACUGAGAAUUAGGAAAGCAUUUUCUGAAUCUGGAAGUAACUUUCAUGAUUUAUAUGAAACGGAGACUUCAGCAUCAAAUUUACUAGAAUUCAAGAACCUGGAACUAAAAUUAAAGAAAGAACUCUCUAAAGCAGCAGUUCAGAAAGUAGAUGUUAAGCAGGAACCUCGGUUUGCAAAUUCGGUCACUAAAUCAAAUACCAUUGAUCAAAUCAAAGCUGCUAAUGGACUCCUCUUCCAAAAUAAUAAUACUGAUAAUCCAAACUGUGUUUUAAACCAAGGUGAUGGAUUAGAACAAGAGGACCAGUUGACUAGAUCUCCUGUUACUCAAUUAAAUAGCAUAAAUAAUGUGCAGAAGGAGAUAGGGGAAUCAAAUAAGCAAUUUAUCCCUGAAAAAAUGGAAUCUAAAUGCUUCAAUUCAAAGAAAGAGACCUCUUUCUUGGAAGGUGGAGAUAAAAAUGACCAACUGUUUCUCCACAUGGAAACCAAUGAGAAAUCUAAAUCUUCACCUUCAGGAAAAGUGGCUGAUCAUAUACAUCGGUUCAACAAACUUUCAUUAAAUGAGCCAUGUUCUGCAACCAAACCUAAGCCAGUGCUUAAGUUUCAACGUACCCCAGUCCGUCAGUCUGUAAGGAGAAUAAAUUCCCUCUCGGAAGCUCAUAAACAGUCAGUUGCUUGUAAAAAACCUGGUGAUGGCUGCACUUCUCUUGCUAAAUCAGUGAGCUAUGAAACUGCAUUGUCCUCCUAUGCAGUAACUAUGGACAAUACAUCGACAACUUCACUGCCUUCUAAACUGACAUGCAAAGAAAAGCAUGAGCAGUUGGCUCUAUCUUCCAAACCCUAUCCUCAGUUGAUAUAUCCAUCAGUGCAAACCAUCAAAGAAACAUUUACUAAUAAUAAUUCCAAAUCUGUCCUUGAGGACUUAACUAACCAUGAAGCACCAAAAACUCUUGUAAAAAUGAGCACAAGCUUAAAUGCUUCGGUGGGUACACCUGAUAAAUAUGUUCUCAGGAAAAUGGCAGGAAAAAAGUCUCGGUAUAGAGGGUCACCAAAAAACCCAAUCCCCACAGCAAAACUUCUUCCAGCUGUCAAGCCUCUUGACUUAUAAAUUUAGUAGUUUAAUCCCAGCCAUAUUUCUGUGCUCUUGCAUCUAAGCUUGCAUAUGUAGAACUGCAACUUAAGAGUCGGAUCCAGAAUCUGCUCCCCAUGGAAAAAGGUCUAAUUCACAGAGAGCUCCCACUGGUGGAAGCUGUUGGUCUCAUUUUCCCUUCCCCUGAAGUCACUUAUGCUUCCCAAAAUUUGCACAGGGCUGAGGAAUUCUCAGUAAACAGUAAAGCAAAUGCUGCUGUGUUGUGCAGAGGGAAGAAGAAAUUGACAAAGAACAUUCUGAGUGGAACUCUGCUUAGAAUAUUCCUGCUGGCAGAAAAGUUCAGUCCAGCAUCUAUCUUUCUUUAAAUUGUCUUAAGUAUGUCUCUCUCUCGAAUUUAUUUGGGAAUGAAACUUGAAUAGGUUCUGUUGAGUAGCAUUUAUUUUGCGGAUCCUAAUUGGUAUUUGUUUUUAUAUUUUACCAAAUUUUAGGGAUGAAAAUUGGGAAGGGCUGCUAACUAUUAUUUCAUUCAGAAAUCAAAAAAAGGAUCAGUUUCUAGAAAACAAAAAGCUUAAUGCUACAUUUGUAAUGAAGUACAAACUAUAUUUGCAAAAUACUUAGUUUACAGGCUAACAUUUGCAGUGUGCCACACUUUUCUGCAAUAUUCAGUUAUCUAUAAGGUUUGUAUCUCUGUAAGAUUUAUUUUUGGAACUGGUAAUUGAGGUCCUCUGUGGCAAUAGCAAUUGUACUUUGUUCAUACUUGGACAUGUGCACUUUUUUGUUGACUUAAACAAAUGACCAUUGAAAUGUUAGGUACAUUUAUCAAAUUAUCAGAUUUUCUAUAAUUGGGAUGGAGGUGUACUGAGAAUCCCAGCACAGCAAAUGGAAGAAUGUUCCAGAGCUGCUGGAUGGAUGUUAUUUUCUAUGUUCUAUACUGGGGGAGUAGAGGGUAGUGAAAGAAUUUGUUAGUGUUCAUUUUCUCAUUACUGUAAUACAAGAUAUUGUAUAAUUCAUGAAACGUGCUAUUAUGUUAUUGAAAUACAUUGUAUAAAGCCAUACUGUUCAGAUGCACAGCAUUUUGAUCAAUCUGCUCUAUUGAAACGAUUCAUAAUUGUUGUCUAGUAUGUAAAUUAUUUAAAUUUGAAAUUUUUAGAAUUUUAGUGUAGUUUGGUGAGAAGAAUGCUAAAAACUCUUAUCUCUGAAA